AAAAACAGAGGAGGAGCUAUGUCGUCGUCGAUGAUGUACAGAGGAGUUGAUAUGUUUUCACCGGAGAACACAAACUGGAUUUUUCAAGAAGUCAGAGAAGCCACGUGGACGACGGAGGAGAACAAACGGUUUGAGAAAGCUCUCGCUUAUCUCGACGACAAAGACAAUCUUGAGAGCUGGCGCAAGAUCGCCGCUUUGAUUCCCGGAAAAACAGUAGCUGACGUCAUUAAACGAUACAAGGAGCUAGAGGAUGAUGUCAGCGACAUCGAAGCCGGACUUAUCCCCAUUCCUGGCUACGGCGGCGACGCCUCCUCCGCUGCAAACAGUGACUACUUCUUUGGUCUAAAAAACUCCAGCUACGGUUAUGAUUACGUCGUAGGAGGAAAGAGGAGUUCGCCGGCGAUGAGUGAUUGUUUUAGGCCUCCGAUGCCGGAAAAGGAGAGGAAGAAAGGAGUUCCGUGGACUGAGGACGAACACCUACGAUUUCUAAUGGGUUUGAAGAAAUAUGGAAAAGGAGAUUGGAGAAACAUAGCAAAAAGCUUUGUGAAGACUCGAACGCCGACGCAAGUCGCUUCACACGCUCAAAAAUAUUUUCUUCGACAACUCACAGAUGGUAAAGACAAAAGACGAUCAAGCAUUCACGAUAUCACCACCGUUAACAUCCCUGAGGCAGAAGCAACCACAACCGCUGCCGCAACACUCUCUCCUACACCAGCCAAUUCUUUUGACGUUUUCCUUCAGCCAAAUCCUCAUCACAGUUUCGCGUCUGCGUCUGAGUCUUGCUAUUAUAAUGCGUUUCCGCAGUGGAGUUAAAUCACUUAGAAAUUAUAGAGUUUAUCUCCUAUAGAUUUGUUACAUAUAUAUUUCUACGUACAUAUUACUGCAAAAUUGUUGUAAAUAUUUGUAAGAAAAGGUUUGCGUGUCCAUAUAUUUAUUAGGACAUAAUGUCCCACAUCGGAA